AUGAGGCUCCUAACUCAUAAUAUGCUAUCAUCAAACAUCAAAGGCGUGACCAGCGGAUUCCCCCUUCGGAUUGAGGUGGAGAAAGUGGUGGAGAAGGAGGUGGAGUUGAACGCAGACUUCCUCCGGAACAUGUUUGCCAAGGUUGAGUGGAAGGCGCUCGUGGAGGCCUCCAAAACCUUGGGGUAUACUGAGCUGCCCGAUAAUGUUGAGCCCUCCAUGCUCGACUCUGAUGAGUUUUUAAACAGGUUCCACCACGCCCUCCUCGAGCUCCACCUUGAGGAAGGCGCGUUGGUUUGCCCUGAGACUGGCCGGAAGUUCCCGGUCAACAAGGGGAUCCCUAAUAUGCUGCUACAUGAAGACGAGGUCUGAUUGUUGCCGUGUGCGGUUGUGUUUAGAAAUAUAUGUCUGCCUAUGUCAGAAUCUAAGGGCAAGUAGAAACAUGACUGAUGAUUUAAAUGAUUUGGUUUGUACUUGUUGAGAAAUCUCAAAUGAGUUCUUGUUAGCCUGCUUGCUUUUCAGAUUUUUCAGUAAUACUACACCUUUCCUUUCUUG